GUCUGAACGCCCGUCUCUUUUCUUCUCUCUCUCGGUGUGUGCCGCCGAGCGGCAUUUCGUUGGCACUCUGCACCGCCGCCGUCCAAGCUUUCGUAUCGCCCGCACCAUGGUUCGAUUCAUCGGGUGUAGUCGCUGCGUCUCCCCGUGUCCGUUCCUCUUUCCUAACGCAGUGGCGGAUCGACAUGCUUGCAAAGCCCACUCGUUGGUGAUGUCUAAUAACCAUGGAGUCUCGCGGGCUUCGGUAUGCUUUGCAUGUAAGGGGUGGUGUUUGCAAAUACCGAGGCCGAGAGCAAGAAAGAGGAUCCUCUCUUGGGAUGGGAUGAGGGGCAAAAGACACCCAGGCUUCGUUUGUUUGCUGACCAUAAAUUGUAACGUGAUCCCCAGAGAUGCUUGAUGACGCCAAUCCUCUCAGUGUAACCUGUCUCUCUUGCAUCCGCCAAACUUCUCCUCUUUCUGUCUCAAGAUCAUCUUCACAGGCUCACUCUAGGAUGCCUAUCCCUACCAUGAACGACUCCAUCUCUGAAUCUUCUGUGCACAAAUCUUCUAUCCCCACUAAAGUCGAGAUGAGCCAGAAUGAAAAGUACAGUGAGGCUCCGAGUGAACCGCCCACUAUUCCUCCCCCGCCUGAGCAGUAUGCUUGGAGUCGAGUGAGAGAGUACUGCCAAGAUGCCUUUUCAGAAUUCUUUGGUACUUUCAUUCUUCUUCUCUUUGGUGACGGUGUCGUUGCUCAGGUUGUUCUCAGUCGAGGAACCAAGGGUGAUUACCAGAGUAUCUCGUGGGGAUGGGGUCUCGGUGUCAUGCUUGGAGUAUACGUUGGCGGUAAAUCAGGUGGUCACUUGAACCCAGCCGUCACUCUCGCCAACUGUAUAUUCAGAGGCCAUCCCUGGAGAAAGUUCCCUGUGUAUGCCGUCGCCCAAGUCCUUGGAGCCAUGUGUGCUGCUGCCGUCGUGUAUGGCAACUACAAGUCUGCCUUUGAUGCUUAUGAAGGCGGUCCAGGAAUUCGAACAGUGAUUGGCGAGAAUGCAACCGCCGGUGUCUUCUGCACAUAUCCCGCGGAAUUCAUGACACGCACUGGCAUGUUCUUCUCUGAAUUCAUCGCCAGCACGAUUUUGCAGUUUGUCAUUUUCGCUAUGGCUGAUAGCGCUAACAUCGGUGCUGGUCCUUUGAUGCCACUUGGCUUGUUCUUCUUGAUCUUUGGAAUUGGUGCUUGCUUUGGUUGGGAGACUGGUUAUGCCAUCAACUUGGCUCGUGAUUUUGGACCUCGUCUGGUUUCGUACAUGAUCGGGUAUGGAAGUGAGGUUUGGUCUGCAGGCGGGUACUACUUCUGGAUCCCCAUGGUGGCGCCCUUCAUGGGAUGUGCUUUCGGUGGCCUUCUGUAUGAUGUCUUUAUCUAUACAGGACCCAGUCCGAUCAACACGCCAGGCAUGGGUCUCCCACGUCUCUUGAGCCCUCGACACUCGACGUGGUCCAACACUUACAGUGCUUCCUCUCCCGUAUAGGCGCGCUCGAUCCUUGAAAAUCUGAGUGCUUUCGUGGUGAGGGCGAAGUGUGCGAGACCGUAGACGAUGGUUGAAAUUCGCGUCGUGAGAUGCAGAGACAUGGCCUAAACAGUGGCGCUAAAAUGGCAGAUUCUUCUUUCGAGGAGCAACGAGCCUAGCAUACGAGAAUGGCGUUCGUGUUCAUCUUUUUUGUUGUUGCUUGUUUGCGGCGGUGGUGUUGAAUGACUCGUUGAUAGCGUAGAUAAUAAGCUCAUGCUAUUACUCAACGUUCUCAAAUGACCGUGAUCGGCAAAUGACAAUGACAGAAUGCAAUCGUGUUUGUCUAAAUCUGCACGCUGUCAGCAUUCCGUGAUAGAAAAAGCAAUCUUCUUUGUCGAAGAAGGGGUGUCUGUGAUGGAUUGGUAUCGCGUCAAUGCCAUAGAUUUGAGCAAGGUACCUGGGGAAGAUGGUAUAAGAAGCGUAAGACCUCGAACAAAGAUGGUAAAAAACUCGAAUCAACUUCAUGAAGGCAUAUAGUAAUGAGUUCCUACCUUUGACCGAGAUUUUCAUAUCUUGAUCAGGGGUCAAAUCUCUGUGCAGCCCGCGGGCGCCGUGUUGGUUGUGUUGCUGAUGGCUCGAACGAGGCACUCACCAAUGACUGUCGCCGCUGACUGUCAGCCACCAACCCUAGACCUUCAGCACUCUCAACUUCUCGAUCCAUCUGUGUCGGCACAACAGCACUGUGAACCUUGAAAUGAGCACAAAAAUGCAUCGUCAAUUUCUAGCACUCAUAAGUACAGAAGUUGCAUACAAACGUAUGUUUG